CCGCCUCUCCUUCUUCCUUGGCCUCAAGGUCCAAUACAAUCUGCUGCUGACGCAUUCCUGCCUUCUUCCUCAUCCUCCAUGUACAUAUGGUCCAAGGCCGCGAUGCCUUAUCGCACCAAACCAAACGGAAGAGAAAGGGAAGACGACUGGACGAGAGAGAGGCCAUGGCCAUGAGACUAAGAGGCAACGCGAGGCUGGUCUGCGCACUGCUGCUGGUGCUGCUCUGCGUGGCCUCGCAGUUCCAAGGAGGGGCGUCCCGAGGCGGAGGUGGAGGCCGUGGUGGAAGGAUAGGGGGCGGAGGCAGCAGCGAUGGAGGAAGCACUGGCGGGGGAGGCACUGCCGUGCCAGGGGCUGGCGGCGGUGGUGGAGGCAGUUACAUGCGAGGGGCUGGCGGUAGUUACGUGCCAACAAGGGGCUACGGCGGCCGGAACACGACUGCGACGGGGUCGGACGGACGCCGCGCCGCGGGCGAGCCGCGUGGCCGCGUCGUCUGGUUCUCCGCUGCUGCCGCGGCGCUGGUGGCCCUGAGCAUACUUACGCAAGCAUGAUCGAUCGCUGGCGACGAGUGAAAUACGGAAUUUGUAAAUUUGUAUAAUUUAGAACGUGGCUGGAUUCAUGUCAGAUGUUUAUUUAUUUAUUAAUACAGGCUUGUAAAUAGUUCACAGAGCCACCCCCCCAGUGGUGGAAAAUCGGAACAUAGUCUUCACGGAGCAGAAUUUCGUGCCUCCUUUGGUUUAUAGUAU